GCUGAGUUCGGUAACCUCGAUGAUCAUGAGAACCCCAAAAAAUGGCCAAUGCUUCGAAAAUGGAAAGCAAUGCUCGGCAUAUCGUCCUUUGUUCUUAUGAGCCCCCUUUCCUCAACGAUUGUUGGGCCUAGUUUACCGAGUAUUGCUAGGGACUUGUCAAUCACCAGGCCUGCAGAACAAGCAUUAGUGCUUUCUAUAUUUGUGCUUCCUUAUGCCUUUGGGCCUUUGCUUGCAAGCCCUUUAUCGGAAAUCUACGGACGGGUGCCAGUAAUACAAUCGUGGAAUUUCCUAUAUCUUGUCUUCAACACUGCCUGUGGUGCUGCUCGAUCAAAGUCAGCCAUGUUUGCUUUUAGAUUCCUUGCAGGGUUUUUUGGAAGCGCUACACUGGGCAUUGGUGGCGGAACUUUGGGUGACCUGUUUACCGCUGAGGAACGCGGUAAAGCAGUUGCGAUAUACAGUGUUAUCCCCCUACUUUCCCCAAUAUUUGGGCCAAUUCUCGGCGGACUAAUUUCUCAGCACAUAUCAUGGCGUUGGGCUUUCUAUAUAAGCUCAUUGUCAGAUGCAGUUAUUCAGAUUCUGGGUCUCUAUCUCCUCGAGGAGACUUAUGCCCCUGUGCUUCUACGCAAAAAGCAGAGGCGUUCAGUACAGCUGGCCUCUCCGAAUCAACAACUACGCUCUUCAACCAAGGAUAUAUUGAAGGAAUUGCCUAUUCGUCUAAAGGCUAAUCUUGGACGCGCAGUCCUCCUUUUCACAACCCAACCAAUUGUUCAGGCAUUUGCCGUAUAUAAUGCAUUUUUGUAUGGCAUUAUCUAUACACUGUAUACUACGUUCCCAGAUCUAUACACCAACAUAUAUCAUCAGACAGAAGGGAUGGUUGGUUUGCAUUAUAUCGCUAUGGGUAUUGGCAUGGUUAUUGCAGCCGAAGGCUUUACUCUUGUCAAUGACCGGAUAUUCGCAUUCCUUAAGGCGAAAAAUAACGGGGUACCUUUGCCAGAGUUUCGCGUACCAUUUAUGGCACCGGCGACCUUACUAAUAGCUGGAGGUUUAUUUUGGUAUGGCUGGAGCGCCCAGCACAAGCUGCACUGGGUAAUGCCUGAUAUUGGUAGUGGCCUUUUCUGCGCUGGAGCUGUUAUAUGCGGUGUCUCUGCAAAUGCAUACAUGAUUGACACGUAUGGAAAGUUCUCCGCAAGCGCGCUGGCCGCAGUUGGGACACUGAGAAGCCUGACGGCAUUUGGGUUUCCACUCUUUGCUCCAUAUGUGUAUGUUUUCCCUCUACAUGCUGCGAUAUACUUGCUGAUAAAUGCAUAG